CUGCAAAUUGUUCGAAUAAAUUUAUUUGAUUCUUUUAUUCUCUAUUUCACAAAGUGGGACACUUUACUUUUUAUGUUUAUAUGCAAUACAAGUGGCAAUUUUUUACCAAUUAUUUCACACCAUAUGGACGGACUGAAAAAAAGAUAUUCACUUCUAGAUCAGGGGUUUGGGGAAGGUCAAGAACAAGUAGCAGAAUUUCUAGACGAACAAGAACAGGAUCAAAUUAUUGAAGAAUUAAGAUUACAAAAUGAACGAGCUAAUAGUUUCUUCAAGAAAGCAUUGGCCUUCGUAUCAUUAAUGAUGGUGAUUUUGUAUUUAAUUUUCUUAUAUGAGAUUAUGACAUCAUCAUCAAAUCCGAUAAUUCCGUUACCAAUUUCUGAACAUAUUUACUCAUAUGCACCAUAUCAAAUGAUAGCAACGUUAUCCUCGAUUGGAGCUUUGAUAUCUUCAAUAUUUCUUUUACAAGCACCAAAUUUUACCAUGAUUCACAUUUAUGUAGGUGCAUUUCUUUCCAUAAUACCAAAUAUAAUAGCAAUACAUACUGAAAAAAUGGAAAAAUUAUGGUGGGCGAUACCACUUGGAAUACUUGUUUUUGACAUAAUUGCAUUAUUUUUGAUUAAAGAUUCAGAACAAGAUAUUAGGAGUUUAGAGAAAUUAAAAUAUAAAUAUAAGGGUGCAUAAUUUAAUUUAUUGAUAGAUACAAAACAAAAAAAAAAAUUAAUU